AUGUACAACCUCAAUCACUAUAGUAGCAGUCAGAAUUGGAAUUGUGAUGAGACUGGUGUGCAAGCUGGGAGGAAUUAUGGAAUGAGGGUGAUAGCCAAAUUGGGCCAGAGGUGUGUACCGCACCUAAUUUACAAGAGUAGAGAGUGGAUUACUAUUCUGGCAUGUGUUAGUGCAUGCGGUUUCAGAAUUCCUGGAUUUUAUUUGUUCAAAUAUAAGAGGCAUAUUCGAAACUACAUUACAAACCUUGAGCUAGGAGAAUGCAUGGCAGUCCAAGAACAUGCAUGGAUGAAAAAGGAGGUGUUCUUAAAUUGGUUGGAACAUUUUGCAUGUUCAGUCCCUGGUGGAGUUUCACCCUCACGUAGGGCCCUAAUGAUCUUCGAUGGUCAGGGCAGCCAUGUAGACUUCAAGAUAAUUGAAGAAGCAAGGCAGAUAGGUAUAGAUUUGGUAACCCUUCCUGCUCAUACAUGCCACAAAAUGCAGCCACUUGAUGUUUCUGCAUUCUCACCUUUCAAGAAUUAUUUCAAAAAGAAGAGGACUAUAUGGAUGUCGAAGUACCCACAAAUUAAAAUUGGAAGGGAAGAGAUGGCAACUCUUGCGAGCAAGGCCUUUUCCCAAGAAUUGGCACCGACUAAUAUAAUCAGUGGCUUCCAUAGGGAAGGGAUUUGGCCACUUAACCGAUCUGCAGUACAAAAUGAUAUGGGGCCAAGUGAGGCAUUUGAGGUUACAUUUGAUAUACAAUGA